GUCAUGUGCCUCCCGGCACCGCGCUUAUCUCUAUAAAAGCCAUCAAGCCCACUUGAUCAACAUAUCACUAUAUCCUCGUCAGACAACAUGCCCACCUUUCCCUAUGUCAUCAUAAACGCAUUCACGCGUACGUCCUUCGGAGGUAAUCCAGCUAUGAUCGUCGCUCUCCCACCAAACUCUCUUUCACAACCCCAAACAUUCAGCGAAGAGACUAUGACUAAAAUCAGUCUCGCAUUCGCGCAGCCCAUGUCAAUCUUCCUCUCGCCAUCUCCAGAUGAUUCCACACUCCUUGAUGUCCGCUUCUAUAACGGGACCGUUGCGCCAGUUAUCUGUGGACAUGCGAUGUUGGCUGCAGUCAAGGCGCUAUGUACGAAUACUCUGCCAUCCCUUGGUCAAUUGGGUCCAGAAGUGAAGUUGCGCACGAAGGCAGGCACGAUAAUUUCUGCAUGCAAGGUCACAGAGAGUGGGUCUGAUGAGGAAAAGUACGAGAUCUCGCUUCCCGCAGUACCAGUCGUCACGAUUCCGGACGUGGAGACGGAUAGGAUUGCAAGUGUAGUCAGCGAAGCCGCCGGAAGGAAUGUACAGGUGGAGUAUGCAGCUAAAGGCAAAAGCAACGUUGGCGAUUACUUGAUGAUCGUCGUUGGCCCAGACGAAAACAUAGGCGAUAUGAAACUAGACACCGAUGUUCUGCGCAAAACUUCUUACACUGUCAAUAUUAUCACAAACGUUACGCCUGACGCUGAUCAGGUCUUCGUCUCGCGUAUGUUUGCACCUGUAGCAGGUAUGCCUGAAGAUCAUGUUUGUGGAAGCGCGCACACGCUGCUCGUACCAUACUGGGCGACUCGACUUGGAAAGAAGAAUCAGGAGAUGUACGUUCGUCAGGUGAGCCCGCGUGGAGGAGAGCUAUGGGUGGUUUGGGAUCAGGAUAAAGGUCUUGUCAGGCUCAAGGGCCACGCGAAGGCUUUUGGAAAAGGUGACUUUACUAUCUAAAUCAAAUUUGUGUGUCAAUCCGCCUUGGGGGAAAAGAAAUGACGCGGGAAAUCUCGAUGUGUCAUUACUCCGGGUUUCUUUUAGAUCUAGAGCAAUAUUUACUCGUGAAUUCAAUAACAUAUGGAAGUUCUUGUGAGCUCGCAGCGGGCUCACAAAAGGCAUGGUAUAUAUGAUUUUCCAAAAGUGCGAUACCAGUUCUUCAGAACUAGGCCAUAGGAGUUGAAGCUGGAGAAGUGAUUUUUUUGGAGUACCGCUGUCUGCAGAAUGCUUAGCAAAUGAUUUUAUUACUGCCUAUGGACAACUACAGUGUACGACCUCUAAUUCUGUUAGGACGAAGGAGACACUGUUAGAAAAUCAUACUCAGUUU